CACGUUUUUGGGCUGGUCCAUAUCCAGAUGCUGUUCAGUGCCUUUUUUCUUCAACAAAAAUGCAUGCACAGCGUUUUCCAUGUAUUCAAAUGGACCUAGUACACCAGUGCAGUCAGUUCCAGGUUUCACGUGCAGCAAAAAAUGGUAGAACAUGCUGCAUUAUUUCUGCACAGAACUGUACUGGAACACAACGAAACACAGCAAAAAAACACAGGGACUGUUGUCAGUGCUUUUCUAUUUCUCACAAAAUGUCUGAAAUAGUUCAUGACUAUUUUUCAGUGCAUUCUGGGCAUUUAGGAGGGUCUCCUGAGGCUAUCUUUUAAAAAUGCUUCUAAAUGCAAGCACGCAUAAAAGCGGUAGGUAA